AUGUAUCCUCCGAUCGAGCCGUACGAGAAAGGGAGACUUGACAUACGGGCAAGUCAAUUUCCCGUUGCAGACAUCCCUCCAGUAGUCUGCAACGACCCACUUGUAGUGGUAUUUCUGCACGGUGGCCCUGGUGGUGGAGUGGAUCCCAAAGACAGGCAGUUUUUCAACCCCGACAAGUACAAGAUUGUACUCUUCGAUCAGCGUGGUGCGGGAAAAUCGACACCGAGCGCCUGCAUUGACCACAAUACCACGUGGGACCUUGUUGCUGACAUUGAACGACUUCGGGACAAGCUUUCGAUCGAGAAAUGGCAUGUUUUCGGUGGAAGUUGGGGCUCGACUCUUGCAUUGGCGUAUGCCCAGACCCACCCAAAUCGUGUAAGGAGCCUCGUCUUGCGCGGAAUAUUCACUUUACGCAAAAGUGAACUGCGGUUUUUCUACCAAGACGGGACCUCACACUUAUUCCCGGAGGAGUGGAGUCGUUACCUUCGCCCUGUUGAACCCAGAAAACGGGAUGACAUGAUUAAGGCUUACCACAGCCUCCUGGAAGACCCUGACGAGAAAAUAAGAUUAGGCGCUGCGAAAGCAUGGUCGCGAUGGGAAAUGGCCACUUCCCGCCUCUUUGUUAGUCAAGACAGCCUUGAGCGAGCUGAAGAGGACGAUUUUGCUUUGUCGUUUGCACGUAUCGAAAAUCACUACUUCGUAAACGAUGGCUUCAUGCGUGAUGGACAGUUGUUAGAGGAACAAAGUAUUGCCAAGAUCCGCCACAUCCCUAUCAUCGUUGUACAGGGCAGGUAUGAUGUAGUUUGCCCGCCAACGACCGCUUGGGCGCUCAAGAUGGCUUGGGAAGCGAACGGUGCCGAAUCAGCGUCGUUCACUUUCCAUCUCGUCCAAGAUGCUGGUCAUUCAUCUCGCGAGCCAGGGAUAGAGAAGAAGCUUGUCGAAGCUGCUGAUGAAGUUGUCGAGAAGUAUUGA